CUAACGUCACUCCCAUAGUCACAAGACCUCUCAGCUGAGGCUGUCUUAAUUUCUCUGUUUUUCCCAAAUAUAAAGUUUUUCGAUUCUUCUUUGGUAAUAACAGACGUGAUUAUCAAUUCUAUAGCCAAAAUGGCUAAUAUCGGGGAUGAAAAUGUUAGUCAACUUAUGCCGUCGCUGGGUGAUGAAAAAAUCGAUAUGAUUGCAGCCACCAGCGUCUUGCAAAUCCGUGCAAGCGAGAUCCGCCAAACUCAGAUCAAUUGGCAGUCUUAUCUGCAGUCUCAGAUGAUCACGCAACGUGACCAUGACUUCAUUGUGAACUUGGAUCAGCGUGGUCAGAAGGAGCUGCCCGAUAGGAACCCAGAAACCUGUGCUGAGGUGUUCAUGAACUUGCUGACGCACAUCAGCAAGGACCACACCAUCCAGUACUUGCUGGUCCUGAUUGAUGACAUCCUUUCUGAAGACAAAAGCAGGGUGAAGAUCUUCCGCGAGGCGAGGUCUCUGGGCAACCCGUGGCAGCCGUUCCUCAACCUGCUGAACCGUCAGGAUGAGUUUGUCCAGCACAUGACUGCGCGCAUCAUCGCCAAGCUGGCUUGCUGGCACCCACACCUGAUGGAGAAGAGUGACCUCCACUUCUACCUCUCCUGGCUCAAGGACCAACUGAAAAUGAACAACAAUGACUACAUUCAAUCGGUGGCUCGUUGCCUGCAAAUGAUGCUGCGCGUCGACGAGUACCGCUUCGCGUUCCUGUCUGUGGACGGCAUCUCCACCCUGCUGUCUAUCCUGGCCUCCAGGGUCAACUUCCAGGUGCAAUACCAGUUGGUGUUCUGCCUGUGGGUGCUGACCUUCAACCCGCUGUUAGCCGAGAAGAUGAACAAGUUCAAUGCCAUCCCCAUCCUGGCAGACAUCCUCAGCGACUCCGUGAAGGAGAAGGUCACUCGUAUUGUGCUCGCUGUCUUCAGGAACCUGAUUGAGAAGCCUGAAGAUCAUCAGGUGGCCAAAGAACACUGCAUCGCCAUGGUGCAGUGCAAGGUCCUGAAGCAGCUCUCCAUCUUGGAGCAGAAGCGUUCUGAUGAUGAGGACAUUAUGAACGAUGUGGACUUCCUUAACGAACGCCUGCAGACCUCCGUGCAAGACCUCAGCUCCUUCGACCAGUAUGCCACUGAAGUUAAGAGUGGCCGUCUCGAAUGGUCUCCCGUCCACAAAUCCGCUAAGUUCUGGCGCGAGAACGCGGCCCGCCUCAACGAGCGCGGCCAGGAGUUGCUGCGGACGCUCGUGCACCUGCUGGAGAAGAGCUCCGACCCCGUCGUGCUGGCCGUGGCCUGCUACGACGUCGGCGAAUACGUGCGCCACUACCCUAGGGGCAAGCAUAUUAUCGAGCAAUUGGGUGGCAAACAGCGCGUGAUGUACCUGCUCAGCCACGAAGACCCCAACGUGCGAUAUGAGGCUCUACUCGCCGUCCAGAAAUUGAUGGUUCACAACUGGUACUACCUUGGCAAGCAACUGGAGAAGGAACAGAUCGACAAGCAGGCUGGCACCGUUGUCGGCGCUAAGGCCUAAACAUGUUAUAUAUUGUAAAUGAAAUAUUUAAUUCGUUGUUAUUAUUGUUGUCUUGAAUGUACCAGGCAAUAUUACAGAUAUAGUAACUGCAUUACGUAAAACAUAAUGUAAAUAAUGUGCCUCUUUCCAUUCUGACAUAACAUGCAUCUGCGUAAUCUGUUAUUACAUGCCUAUUAUAGCUUAAAACAAUAAAAAUAGCACUAAAUUUUUUGAAAUAUUUAGUGUACACAUUC